CGGGCGGGCUUCGGGGUAGUUCCUGGGUCCGGGGAGCAGACGAUCCGCUGGCCACAUUAGGCGCUCGGUCUCUGCGUCCGCCCCUCCCCGUGCCUCAGAGACUUGCGCUCCCCAGGCCCGAGCCCCUGUCGGCCUAUCCUCGAGCCCCUGUGGCCCGCGAACCUCUAAUUCCAGCCGCUGCAGCCCCCUCCCAGGCCUGGCGUCUCCGAGCCCCGCGGGCGCCGCGCCUGCCCUUCUUUGGCCACGCGGCAGCCGCGGUGUCGGCGAGUCCUCCCGGGUUGCCCCCGCGGGCGUCAGAGGGAGGGCGGGCGCCCGCGUGGUGACGGCGACGCCUGCAGCCCGAGGAGCGCUCCACUCGCCGCCGCCGGAGGGGCCGGUGACCUCUCGGCUGCCCCGCGUCGGAGGCUUAGAUGGCUCAGGCGAAGAUCAACGCUAAAGCCAACGAGGGGCGCUUCUGCCGCUCCUCCUCCAUGGCCGACCGCUCCAGCCGCCUGCUGGAGAGCCUGGACCAGCUGGAGCUCAGGGUUGAAGCUUUGAGAGAAGCAGCAACUGCUGUUGAGCAAGAGAAAGAAAUCCUUCUGGAAAUGAUCCACAGUAUCCAAAAUAGCCAGGACAUGAGGCAGAUCAGUGACGGAGAAAGAGAAGAAUUAAAUCUGACUGCAAACCGUUUGAUGGGAAGAACUCUCACCGUUGAAGUGUCAGUAGAAACAAUUAGAAACCCCCAGCAGCAAGAAUCCCUAAAGCAUGCCACAAGGAUUAUUGAUGAGGUGGUCAAUAAGUUUCUGGAUGAUUUGGGAAAUGCCAAGAGUCAUUUAAUGUCGCUCUACAGUGCAUGUUCAUCUGAGGUGCCACAUGGGCCGGUUGAUCAGAAGUUUCAAUCCAUAGUAAUUGGCUGUGCUCUUGAAGAUCAGAAGAAAAUUAAGAGAAGAUUAGAGACUCUGCUUAGAAAUAUUGAAAACUCUGACAAGGCCAUCAAGCUAUUAGAGCAUUCUAAAGGAGCUGGUACCAAAACUCUGCAACAAAAUGCUGAAAGCAAAUUCAAUUAGUCUUCAAACCCAACAGCAUUUACACAAUACACAUGGUGUAAAAAUGAUAAAAUAUUAUUUUAAUUGAUAACUAGUUCUUUAUGUUAGAUAUAACCACUUAGUUGAUACUGACAGUUGUUUCAGAUGAGGAAAAUAUUCCAUCAAGUAUCUUCAGUUUUGUGAAUAACAAAACUAGCAAUAUUUUAAUUAUCUAUCUAGAGAUUUUUUAGAUUGAAUUCUCGUCUUGUACUAGGAUCUAGCAUAUUUCACUAUUCUGUGGAUGAAUACAGUUUGUGGGGGAAAACAAGUGUUCAGCUAGGGGCAAAAGCAUCACUGCUUUUUCCUGUGCUUUGGCGUGGAAUCACGCAGUCACCUUGGGCAUUUAGUUGACUAGAAAUUCUUUACCUUAAGCAGCACACACAUUUACUACACACACAGUGUUAACAAAGCACUGUGCUUAGAGGGAUAAAAAGGAAUCACAAAACAAGAAUUUUCCAAAGUUGUCUCAUUCCGCAAUGUUAAGGCAUCUAUAUCAAAUUAUUUUGGAUGUAAAGAUUCCUGUGUCUCAUAAUAUGAAUGUAUUUUUUGAUAUACAAGAAACUAUGACAUAAAAUGUGAGAAAACCACCUAUAAUUUGCCACUGUGAACAAUUAUAUAUCUGCUUCAUCUUUUCUCAAAUGCAUCAAUUCUCUAGAAUUCCUAUAUUGUAACUUGCCUUUUUUAAAAAGUUAGAUGCUGAUAUAAAGCCUGCUUGUCAACUUAAUGAGCUCUAUUUUAUGUAGUCAUAUCUUUCUUUAUCCAUUCCCAUCUUACGGACAUUUAGGUUGCUUCCAGCUUGUUGCUAUUACUGCAACAUAUUUUUGUACGCAGGGCUUUUUCCUUCUUUUGUUUUCAAUUUUCUCUGUAUAAAGGCCCAGCAGUGAAUUAUAUUGGAUCAAAGGGUAUAGACAUUUUCAUGGCCUCACACACUUAUUAAAAAUUUUUUGUACAAAGGUUAUAGCAAUUUAUACUUUUUUCAGUAGGUAAAAUAUGGCUAUUUCACUGAACUCUUUCCAGCACUGAGCAUUAACACUUAGUUUGCAUUUUGUUUACUAAAAAGGUUGGCCAGUAUGUUGAUUCUUCUUUUAUCUGUGAUAAAGUGAAGCAACUAGAGAACACUUAUUUGUUUAAAGUAACUAGUCCUAUUGAUAUACAAAAAACGCAACAACUUCCCUGGAUACUAUUUUGAAAUGAACACAUCAAUUUUUAUUUCAAUGUAGGUAUUCUUCACACUGAAAAACCAAAUCAGGAUCCAAACUGAUUUUAUAUAUGUAUCUCUCUCUCCAUGCAAGCAAUAUUGAACUACUUUUUCUCUACAAAAAUGCCAAGUUAGUCUCUUUAUAAAAAGCAGUUAAAAUCUGAAGACAUUUAUGUUACUUCCUUUGCCAGCUCCAACUCUGCCUUAUUUAAAUCUUUCCAUUUCAUGGGAAACAUUAAUUCUAUCUAUGGCAAAGCCACUUGGUUUGUUAGCAGACUCUGAUUUGCUGUCAUCAGGCUGUGAGAUGAUUUUUUUGUGCGCAUCAUUUUUUUCUUGACCAGCUUUUUGAAAAUUAAGAAAUGGAUAGUCAGGUUUUCUUCAAGUUCUCAAGUAUUGUCAGCAUUCGUAAAUCCCUUCCACUCUGGGAACUACUACUGCUCCCUGCUUCCCAUGGCUUCCACAUCAGCCCAGGACUUUUUCUACCACAAAUUAUUCUGGUUCUGCCUCCUUGACCUUGGUAUUCUUAGCAUUGUUUUUCCCAUUUUUUUUGCAAUGGAGUUUUUUUUGGAGGUCACUAAUUUCUGAUCACAGACUUGAAGAGCUAUGAUCCACAUUUCCAAGCUGCUUGGGGUCCCUGGUUUGCAGUGUCUCCAGCAUUCUGUACCUAGAGCCACAUCUAAAGGGCAGGGAAUCUCCAGUUUUUUGUUUUUUUUGGGUUUUUUUGAGUCUCACUCUGUCACCCAGGCUAUCUGACAAGUAGAAGACAUAUCCACUGUAGCAAGGAACACUGUGAAGUAUGAGUUAGAGAAAAGAGACUGUGAAGGAAAGGGAACAAACAUUUUGUAGACGUUUAGUGUCGAAUAUAUUCUAGGGAGGCAGUUUCUAUAGUUUCUUUCGUUUACUUCAUGAGGUUUCUUUUUGGUUUUUUUGAAACAGUGUCUUGCUCUGUUGCCCAGGCUGGAGUGCAGUGGCACGAUCUCAGCUCACUGCAACCUCCACCUCCCAGGUUCAAGCGAUUCUCCUGCCUCAGCCUCCCAAGUAGAUGGGACUACAGAUGCAUGCCACCAUGCCUGGCUAAAUUUUUGUAUUUUUAGUAGAGACAGGGUUUCACCAUAUUAGCCAGGCCGGUCUCGAACUCCUGACCUUGUGAUCCGCCUACCUUAGCCUCCCAAAGUGCAGGGAUUACAGGCAUGAGCCACCGCGCCUGGCCAAUGUGUUGAUUCUUAACAUGUAUUUUUAUUUAUAAGAAUGGGUGUAUAAUUUAUUUUCAAAUGAUGAUCAAUCUCCUGAGUCACAUUUUUACCCUCAUUUAAACUAUUGUCUUUUAUAUGGACUGUAAGUGCAUAUAGAGUAUGUUUUGCCCUAUCUCAAUUCCAUACCAUUCCCAGCAUAUAAUAAACAAUUUUAGGGUAGCCCUCCUGCCAUUUCUUGUUAGCACUGCUUUCAAUAUAAUGAGGUUAUUAACUAUUGGCAGAGUAUCUGAAAUAUGAAAUAAUUUUAGGUUGCUUUGAUCUUUAAAGAAGUUGCAUUAUAUAUUUUACUAUUUAGUUCCACACUGUUGAUACAAUCAUACAUAUCACACAAAAUUUUAGCUUUGAAAUACAUUUAUUUUUUGAUUAUUGGAAUUCAUCCUUCAUGAAAUUUUUAUUGAGUAGUGUUUUAAAUUAAGCUCCAGAGUAUAACUGCAACCAAAUAGCAAUACAUACAAGUGGUUUUCCAUUCAAAUUUACAAAAGCAUUAUUUAUUAGUAACAAAAAUAUAGAAGGAAUUCAGUUUUCCUUUUAUCCCAAAUUUUUUAUUUUUAAAAGACCAUUUACUAACAUCCUACUGUAGAUAUUUUGAGAGAGAGAUGAAAAGAAGUACCACCUAAUAAAGAUUAUUAUAGCCAAAUCAUCCAGUUAGCCAGGAGUUUUAUGAUUGAAUAUUUCAGAGUCUACUGCCGGUUUUAAAUAUUUUGUUAGCAAAUGAAUUCAUCUGUAUGAUGAUAGACUUACAUGUUUUAUAGCUGAAAACGUAAGGAGUGACAAUAGUACACAUGACAUUCUUAACAGUUAAAACUGAGUAAGUCCUGUUCGUUAGGUAAGUGCCACGUGGAACAAGCUUUCACCUCAUCAGUUCAUUUUGUCUUCAGAGAAACAGACAGACUAAUGACAGAUUAAUGGGAACAUUUUAUCAGGUUACCAGUAACUAUUCCAAAGGUUUUGAAAAGGGUGCUAAUAAUUAACAAUAUGUUAUAUUAAAAGGGUCCAACACUAAGUUGGGACACUAGGUCCUAAGGCCAACUCCCUAUUCUAAGAUCUUCAGAAAAGGUCCAAUUUCCUAAAACUCACAGGUCCAAGGAGUACAUGUUGAGAGUUCUUUCUGAGCACUGCACUGCCAACUUCUAAAGCAACCACCUAAAACUUCACUCCAUAAUGAGGAAAGCUUUCAUCCUCUUUUUGGUAGUUUUAGCUUUAUUUUGAAAAAAUACAUGUGUGCUAUCAACUUUGGGCAGAUACAAAGGAAAUCAUUUAACCUGGUUUUAUUUAACUAUAUUGCCUUAUGUGGGUUAUUCUGUAUACUAUUUAAUUCAUAGAGACUGGAAAAGGAAAGGGAAACCUGAGGAACUUGGAAAUACGGCAAUUAUUCCACAGCAAUAUGUCUAUGCAAAAGAUUAGCCGUAAUGUUAAAAAAGUAGAUUAGAGCACAAAUGCACAAUCACCUGGAAUCUUGGAAAAGUUUUUCUUCAGUAUACAUGGUUUCAUAAAAUAAUUAAAGUUAUUUAAGAGAAUGAAGGGUCUUGGAAAAAAAUGUCAAUUUUUGAAAGCUUUAAGAAUUGAUUAAAUUGAGAAAUUAACAUAUGGCUGACUUUCAGGCCUACUUAAUUAUUUUAAAUGACUAAUUAUGGUUAGUUUUAAAAUAUGGCAGUGCAAAUUAAAAAUUCAAAUAUGUAACAGAUCUCUCUUCAGUUCUUAUUUUAAAAAAGAUAAAACUAAGUACAUAAAAUUAUAUUGCAAAUAUUACAGGAACUGCAACUAUCCUCAGAGAUUACCUUUUUAAAUACAGGUAACAUGCCUUUAGCCACACAACUAAUAUGAAAAACAACUAGAACACAUAUAACAAGUGAUUUUUCUGCCAAUAAAGACCAAAAGACUAUUUACUGUAAAAUAUUUUGUGCAAAAAUUAAAGAGACAAUUUGAAGAGAGUAGAAAAGAUGACUCAUUAGCAGUAUCCACUGUUAGGAAUUGAGUUUUGCCCCCAAAACCUAUGUCAUUGUCAGCAAAGGGAGUGGUGACAACUGGUGACAUAAGAAUAAACAUUUUAUAUUACUGUGAAAUAGAUAAUGCCAGAUCAUUUCAAUAUAAUGAAAAGCAAAAUUUACUCUUUUUAGUUUAUUUUUCAAUCUAAAAUGGCAAAGAGAACAUUUACUUUUGAUCACUUAACAAGGACACACCCAGGAAAUUUGAUUUUCUCAACAUUAGGAGGAUGAGGAGAGUGCAGAUGGAAGACUUAAAAAACAAAAAACAAGAGAAAACACGAAAGGCGCACGUAAAACAUUUUUUAGUACAAAUAAUGAAAAAUGACUUCAUGACACAUUUUCCAAGAAAAGUUAUUUUUACAUAUUUUGAAAUGCUGUAAAAACCAGGUAUAUUGAAAGGGGUUAUUUAUAGGUUAAAAAUAAAGCCAUUGAUGAGUGAUAAUCAGUUUUCACAGAGUUCACGCAAUUAUCUUAGCUGGAAAGCUACUGUCCCAAGUGACAAAAUUUAUGCUCUGACACAUGAUUCCAUGUUAAAUCAUUUUGUAAAAGAAAUGAUUUUGUAUGUGGGACUGACAGCUCCUGAGAAAGUGCUAUACAAACUGAAGGUUAUAGAAAUUUUGAAGUGAUAAUCUUAAAAUAUCAUACAAAAAUGUGUAAACAAAAGGAUGGUUUAGAAUUGCAGGGCAUUAUAAAAUCUGUAAUUUUAGUUAAGACUAAUAAUAGUAUUUUUGUGCACUUUUAAAAUGGUUAGUAUAAUCUUGUAAGUUCAAAGCUGGGUUCUCAGUGAGCAGCAAAAGGUGUUACAUGUAUCACCACACUUCACAGGACCUCCUGAAUGAUUGCAGAUGUGCUGUGUACCUUCUUAAGGGGCUUUGGCUGAUCUUAUGACAGCAGGAGCUCACCAUGCUUAUGGGU